UCGAUCUCUCCGUUCGCACACACAGUCUCUUGUCCGGCUCCAAUUGGCUGCGCAGACACCAAUCUGGCACGAGGACGGGUUCGGGGGGGGCUGCAUAUGCAAAGCCUUGCUUCAUAUUCAUGAGCACCAAUCGUGGCUUUAAGUCCUUGAUUAGAAGAGUGCAAGAGCUUUUGGUCCCAACUGGCUGUGCCUAUAGGCUUGUCACUGGGAGAACGCUUCCUGUUAAUUGCACCGCUCGAGUGACGGGACGGCAAGAGGAGGAGAGAGAGAGGGAGUGAGUGAGAGAGAGAAAGAGAGGGGGACAAAUAAAGAGAGAGAGAGACAGAUAGAGAGAAACUUUGAUUUAUAGAAGCGCUUGUUCGAACGAUGGUCCCUGAGUGCCAAUGGAUUCAGUAGAACUUUCAAUGGCUGAGUGUUUCUCGUUACACUCUGAACAAGAGUAGCGUGAAGAAAUGUCACCUUAAACUUUCUGGGGAAAUUUUUGUUGUUUAAUCUUAAAAUGAAUGUAUCAAAGGCCCAAGUUAAUAGCGAGGAUAAGUACGGCAAAUGCGGUGCAUGGAGAAUGCAACAGCAUUACAACGUCGAUACGCAUGCGCUCUAUAACCAAAGCAGGCUCCUUUGCAGAAUGUCCAGCAAGGACCAUCACAUUGAGUCCAACUGCCCUUCAUAUAUCAAGACGGAACCCUCUAGCCCAGCGUCGCUGACCGACAGCGUGAACCACCACAGCCCCGGCGGCUCAUCGGACGCCAGCGGCAGCUACAGUUCCGCCAUGAACGGCCACCAGAACGGCUUGGACUCACCCACACUGUAUGGCCCGGGAGGCACACUGGGCCCCAACGGUACCGGUGCUAAGCGCUAUGAAGACUGCUCCAGCACUAUCGGUGAAGAUUCACAGAUCAAGUGUGAAUACAUGCUUAACUCCAUGCCCAAGCGCCUGUGUCUGGUGUGCGGUGACAUUGCAUCAGGUUACCACUAUGGCGUGGCCUCAUGUGAAGCCUGCAAGGCCUUCUUCAAGAGAACCAUUCAAGGCAAUAUCGAGUACAGCUGUCCUGCCACCAACGAGUGUGAGAUCACCAAGCGCAGACGGAAGUCCUGCCAAGCUUGCCGCUUUAUGAAGUGUCUCACCGUCGGAAUGAUGCGGGAAGGAGUGCGGCUGGACAGAGUGCGCGGCGGCAGACAGAAAUACAAACGUCGGAUAGAUGCAGAGAACAGUCCCUAUCUGAACCCACAGCUGGCUCUGCCACCCAAAAAGCCAUUCCCCUUUGGCUGCCUUGCAGAUAAUAAGAUCGUGUCACACUUGCUGGUUGCCGAGCCUGAGAAGAUCUAUGCCAUGCCGGACCCGACUGUUCCUGACAGCGACAUCAAGGCUUUGACCACGCUGUGUGACCUGGCAGACCGGGAACUGGUGGUCAAUAUCGGCUGGGCCAAGCACAUCCCAGGCUUCUCCACGCUAUCCCUGGCUGAUCAGAUGAGUCUGCUGCAGAGUGCGUGGAUGGAGAUCCUGAUCCUGCGUGUGGUCUACCGGUCACUGUCAUUCGAGGACAAGCUGGUGUAUGCUGAGGACUACAUCAUGGACGAGGACCAGUCCAAGCUGGCUGGCCUGCUGGAUCUGAACAAUGCCAUCCUCCAACUCGUGAAGAAAUACAAGGGCAUGAAGCUGGAGAAAGAGGAGUUUGUGACUUUGAAAGCUAUAGCACUUGCAAAUUCUGACUCCAUGCACAUAGAGGACGUGGAGGCGGUGCAGAAGUUGCAGGAUGUGCUGCACGAGGCGCUGCAGGACUACGAGAGCAGCCAGCAUCCUGAGGACCCACGCCGUGCCGGAAAGCUGCUUAUGACGCUGCCGCUGCUGCGCCAGACGUCCACUAAAGCCGUGCAGCAUUUCUACAGCAUCAAACAGGACGGCAAGGUGCCCAUGCACAAACUCUUCCUGGAGCUGCUUGAGGCUAAAGUCUAGCUCGAUCACUGAGGCCUAGAGCGGUUCCGUCAUCACGGAGCGGCCUGGGCCUACACAAUACUAGCGCUCUCACUACACUACACUGGGCAGGUGAUGACUGAUAUACCGUGAAACUUUACUCAACAACAGUAUCUAAUACCGACAACAAAACCUUAACGAUACUCUGAACUAUUGACGUUAUGCUAGACGCAUAAAAGAAUAACGUGUGGCUGUUGAGGAAAAACUAAAACAAAAUCAUGUUAAAUAGGACAAGACUUUGAAAAAAAGACUAUUUAGCAGGAGGACUUUGUUCAAACCAGAUUUUGACUUCUUCUUCUUCUUCUUCUUCUUCUUCUCUGAAAACCACUGCAGUUUUUCGAGCUUUCGAAAGAACAUUUUGUUGAUUUUCACCUGGGAAACAGUAACCUGGAUCUAAGAAUGACAAACCCUGCCAAAGGAAGGAGUUCCACUGAGUGGGAUGCCAAUGAAACUGUAACGUCCCAAACGCACGUCCGAUAAUCCCUCUAUCACAACGGCCACGACCUGACAGCAGGCAGUAGUGUUACCACCUGACCUCACACGAGCAGUCUGACAGCGCAUUCGCCAAACAGAGAUUUUAUUUGUUUAUUGGUUUGUUGCUUUAUUUCUGGCUUCUUUUUUUUUUCUGAAGAAGCUGCUCCUAAUAUUUUCUCAUUUUCACCACAAGCAGUCACCGGGGCUUGAUUCCCUUCUUCUUUCCUUUCGAGUCUUCCAAACAACCUUUAAUGAUUUCAUCAUUUCUCUUUUCAGGGAAUAUUCCUGAGCAUUAGUCUCUCAUGCAAUAUGUAACAGAGGUACUAUAGUGAACAAGGAAUAGCCUAAUUUAUUUAUUGAUAUUUUACUGUGCUUUAUCUCAGUGCAUUUAUACUGAAGGGUGUAAAUAUAGUAUGUAGUAUACGGACAUCACACUUGCAUUUGAUCACAUGUUGAGAAUUAUUAUUAUUAUUUAUUUUUUUUCUACCAACUCUAACACUUUCGGGAGCUGUUACGAGUCAGGAGAGAAUGCUUGCUAUCUUCUCUAAGCAAUAGAGGUUCUAAAAAUGAGUGUAAAUUUAUGCAAUUUCUGUUUGUGCCCGAGAUUUCUUGCAGCUUUAACUUUCCUUUCUGUGGUUGAUACAGUAUGAUAUUUGAUCGAUGGCCAGAAGGACCAUGAACAUUAACUCAACACAACCAGAUCUGCAUUUAAUAUUACCACCAAACUUACUUUUACUGAUAUAAUUUUUUUUUUAAUCAAAACAGUAUAUUAGCACUUAGGACGAGCAUCAGUGUAGCUCUAUCUUCAUGUGGUUCUUUUACCAAAACAGGGCGAUGAUGAUGAUGAUGAUCACAAUGUAAUCUUCAAUACGGCAGUUUACUUUAAUUACUUAAGCAAGGUAUCUACUUCACAUUACCAUCAGAAAUAUGUCAGUAUUAGUAGGUCUAUGGGGGUAUUUUUUUUUUCCUGAAUAUUCUUUAAACGUUGUAUAUUGUAAAGUAAGAUUAUAAAACUAACCCGAUGCUUAAAAAAGGCAAAAAAAAAAAAAUUCAGCUUCUACGUGUUCCAUGUCCGUUGUACUUUUUCCCCUGAACUGCUUCUUUUUUUAUUUGUUUUCUUCUACCUUUAUUCUGUGUGGGGUUUUUUUCUUUAAGACAGGGUAGAAACAGAGACACUACUGGAUGUAUGAAUGAAUCCUCAGGAGACAUGGCAUGGAUGAUGGGUUUCAAAUCACAUUCUGGCAUAAAGGACUCUUGUGAAGUUAACGCUAGAUCAACAGUUUCAUGAUCAAUGUAAUCUAUACUGAUGUAUAAGUGAUUAACAGUUAUUUAAAGGAAGGAGCAACAUAUAAUUAAAAAAAGGGAUCAUUUUAUCUAACUACUUUCCUGUAGACUAACACUGUAUAUCUUAGGUUUAAAAUGAAAAAAAAAAUGUUUUUGAGUAUUUAAACAUGGUAGUGGAUUUUCUUUUAUUAUUAUUAUUUUUCUUUCUUUCUUUCUGUCUUCUUUUGUUUUUUGGGUUUUUUUUUUAUAACACGCUGCUGUAUAUAAGGCCUUCCAUGCUGAGCGACUCUUGUAAUAUUAUCUUUAAUUCUUUGAGGCUGCAACGGAAAGAAAUGUUAUUUGUUUUUGGUGUAGGAUCCAGUUUCUAACACUCGUGCUUCAACUUUGUGUGCUAAAUAAAAAUGAAGAGAAAAGGACUUUUAAAAAAAAAAAAACAUUCUUGGAAUAAAACAGGAAUAAGGGUUUUAUUCGGGUUUUUUUCUUCCUUCUGUGUUCUUUAAAUACUGUAUAAUAAUGUCAUAAACUAUACAAAAAUCAUUUUUGACUGUGUUUUGAAGAGUGUAAUUUUUUUUCUGGACAUAAAUCAUGGCUAAACGUUGGAUGGUCAAAAACCGGAGGGUUUCUGCUGUUGAUCGGAUGUUGGCACUUUCUUUUCUUUUUCUUUUUUUAAUACACUGUUCAUGGCAGAAAGGUGCAGUUUCUUCCUUUGUGAGUUUUCGUUCCUCUUGUCAGUUACAUUUUGUCUUUCUAAUGAUGUGUACAGAGCACCAGUGCAAUUCAUCCUUUGAAUUGAUUGAAGCUGAGCUAUCAUUAUUUUCAUUAUUAUUAUUAUUAUUAUUAUUAUUAUUAUUAUUAUUAUUAUUAUUAUUAUUAUUAUUUUAAAUAAAAAGUCACACAGAUGUUACAGCAAGCAGUCCUGGGCCUGGGUGCAUUCUAGGAGCUGACUUGGGAUCAGCUGUCCCUCUCUAUAAAUUCAAGGCAACAACUGACCCACUUCAGGAGUCACCGUUAAAGCCUGAGGUGCACUGAGUCCUGAGUUACAUGAAGCAUUCGCACAAAAAUAUAGAUUCUUCCAAUAAUAACGACUCCUUUAGCGAUACUUUACUACAUAACUUUGAACGGUGUAGUCCCGAGGUUCACUUAGAUCAUCAAAAGAAGGCUCUAUUUGCUCUUAAAUAUAUUAGAGUAGAGUAAUCAAAGUGUAAAUCACCAACGAUCUGUUUUUUUUUUCCAACAUAUUUUCUUAUUUAAAGCAAUAUGUGUGGCAAUCAGGAGUCACACACUGCAACUGAACUAGAUCAAAAAUGCUGUAUUUAUCGGACUAUUUUGCAAUGUAAGAAAUAAUGGGGGGGAAAAAAUAGAUGAUGUACAAACAACUGCUAUUUUUUAUUAUAGAGGACCUUAUGGGCAUGGGUUGUAUUUAUUCAUGUCUGGAAAUGUAUUGAAGGAUUUUUCAAUUUGCAGCGGUGCAAAAUGUUAGAAACACUAAUCAGCAACUGGAGGAAGAAGGGACAGGGAGGGGGAGGGAACAGGGACGGGAGGGUAUUUAAAAAAUUACUAAAUAAACAAAAAACCUAUAUGAUCACUAAGAUGAUAUCAAUUUCAGUCCAGGAGUUGCUGAAACAGCCUGUAGUGAGAACCAUGUCUGUAGCUCUAGAUGUGCUGAACAUCAGUGAAACAAUUACUUGUAUAUUUUUGUGACGUGUACCAUACAGUGUGCUCCAACAAUUCUGUCCAUUUGUGUAAAUGUAUUUAUUUUACAUUGUAUAUAUUGUUCAAUGCAAAAAGAGAGACCUAUGAUUCUGUAACUACGAUCAAUUCAGAUGUGUAACUCCAAUUAUGCCUUUCAGGAUAAUGGUAGAGCAAUAUUAAAACAUGCUUCCAGUUUUGA